CUUAGCCCUCAUUAGGCUGUAUACUGAGUCAGACGCAAAGAUUAUUUUUGUGGAUUCCUCUUCUUUAAGGCAGUUGAGAAAAGUGAAGGAAUGCACUUGGAUAUAUGGUGAUAGCAUGGAAGUCUUCCUAAUUGGAUUUGUCCAGAAAGGGUGUUGUUGCUGUGGAAUAAGACCUCCUGCUCCUUUUAGCAAUGGAAUGUAGAGGAUGCUUUUAACUUCUUACCUGCAGUCUCUUAAUCUCCCUCACUACAUCCAAAUUUGAUUUUUCUUGUGAUCAGGUGGGCAGUUUUCUUCUUUUGACCAUUGAAUAAGUGUUGGAAAUUGCAACCUCUUGCAUUGUGUAAGGGCUGCUUUGCUAUCUGUAAAAUAGGUUUGCUUCUUAGGCAUGCAUUGGAGAGGAGCUUGUGGCAAUUGGACUGCUGUUUUUGCCAUCCACUUAUCCAAAUCACUUUUUUGUUUUCACUCUCAAGUCCCCUGCUGUAGAAGAUUCUUAUCACUUGUCUAUCAGGACUUUCUCGUGAUAGAUAACCAUAGUCAUUGUAGAAAGAAUAUUCCGAAAAGUUUCACAAUGGUCAGGCAGUAAAUGGUUGAAAAACAAGCUGCAAGCUAAAUCUGGAUAUAUAAUCUCUGAAAUAUUUUCUGAUUUCGCUAUUGCACAUUUAUACUCAGUAUUCUUCCUAUGCUAUGUUUCAACUUUCCUUGGUCUGAGCUUUUCCAUAUGUGUUAGACAACAGCAAAGUGGGCUGGAUGUAUGUGAUGUAAUCCAACAUAUCCUGAGGAUUUCAGGUUGCAGAAGGUGGCUUUAUUUUUUUACUCCACAUCAGGAAGAAUAUAUUAGUGUUUUCACUUCUGGAGUUGUUAUAUUUUUUUUCCUGAAGCAGUCACUAAGAGGUUUCAAUUUAUUGUAUACUAAAAGAUUAUCCUGUGUGCUCAUGAUUUCCCCUCAUGAUUUCCUUUGCUCUUGAUCCAUUAAUUUUCCUAAAAGCUGUUCCUCAUUUGAGAAAUAAACCAAACUAUACUUUUUCCAGGUUGAUGGUGGGUUGGUUGAUUCGACUGAAGAAGCUACUUUAUCAGUCAACUUGCCUCCAUCAAGUACUUCAUCGCUCUUGAGAAUGGAGGCGCCGUUGUGGCCGGUCGGGGCGGCUUUGCGAGGCCCGGAGGCGUUGGACGGGACCGGCCUUCGGCUGUUAGGCCUGGAAGGCCGCUUGGCUUCGGCCGAGAAGAAGCUGGGCGGUUGCCAGAGGACGGUGACCGAGCUGGGCAGCCAGCUGGAAGGCAAAUGGGCCGCCCUGAGCGGCCUGGUGGAGGAAUACGGGCGGCUCCAACGGCGGCUGGAGAACCUGGAGAACUUGCUGAGGAACCGCAACUUCUGGAUCCUCCGCUUCCCGCCGAGCGGCCAGGGGGAGACGCCAAAGGUUCCGGUCACCUUCGAUGAUCUUUCUGUUCAUUUCAACGAGCACGAAUGGGGCAACCUGGAUGAAUUGCAGAAGGAUCUCUACAAGACGGUCAUGAAAAGCAAUUACGAGAUGUUGGUCUCCAUGGAUUACGCGAUUGCCAAGCCCGAGAUCCUGACCCGGAUUGAACAAGGAGAGGCCUUGUGCGAUACAAACAUUGACACUAUGCCUGGGAUUAACACACCGACACCGCCUGGCGCAGAGUCCCCCGUUGCUCCAGUCGAUGUUUCUUUGUGGCUGAAGGAAGAAGCAGAAGGGCCUCAAGGCAGCGGCAAUGCCAGGCCUCCUGAGGAGAUUGGUGCUGGACUUCACGAGGGUUCUUCAGUGGAGUAUAUAGACCUACCUUCAGGGAUUAAAGAGGAGAUGGAGGAGGUGUGCUUGGGCCCCGGGGAAUCCCACAGAGACCACGUGCAGUACGAUCCUAGUGAGGAAUAUCAGACCAUUACCAUUUCUGAGGAACAUCUCUGUGGACUUCAGGAAGACCCGUGUGCUCAGGACUCCUUGUUCUUUGGGGAAGGCCCUAGCCCAGUAUUUUGCAACGGGCUCUUAUUUUCGCUUGCCAUGUCCUCAAAGAGGAAGAGAAAAGGCCACAGUUCCUCCGAAGAGCGCAGCAAGAAGCACAGGAAGGCCAUCAGUCUGAAUUUGAAGAUGAAGAUCAUCAAAGCCUACGACGCCGGGAAGAAGGUGAACAUCAUCGCUCAAGAAGAAGGCCUGGCCCAUUCCACCAUCUCCACCAUUUUGAAGAACAAGGAGCGGAUCAGGGAAGCCAUGAAGGGAUCGCCGGGGACGAAAGCCAUCAUCACCAGGCAGCGCAAAGGCCUCAUCCACGAAACAGAGAAACUCCUGAUGCUUUGGAUCGAGGAUCAGAUCCAGAAGAGGAUUCCCAUCAGCCUCCCGCUCAUUCAGGCCAAGGCGCGCAGCAUUUUCGCCACCCUGAAGGAACGAGCGGGCGAGGAGUGCACUGAAACGUUCACGGCCAGCCGCGGCUGGUUCAUGCGGUUCCAGCGAAGGUUUAAUUACCACACUGCGCACCCGCCAGGUGAAGCCACGGAUGCCGACAAAAUAGCAGCCCAACGCUUCCUCGAUGACUUGGACGAUCUCGUCACAGGAGGGAACUAUUUGCCCGAACAGAUAUUCAAUGUGGACAAAACCAGGUUAUUCUGGAAAAAAAUGCCAGAACGGACCUACCUUCACCAAGAGGCCCAAGCCAUGCCUGGAUACAAAGCCUUUAAGGACAGGAUCACUUUGCUCUUGGGUGGAAACGUCGCUGGAUUCAAGCUGAAGCCCUUUCUGAUUCACAAAUCGGAAGAUCCUCUCGUGUGCCAAAAUAUCUGCCAGGAGACCCUGCCCGUUUAUUACCAAUCCGAUCAGAAGGCCUGGAUGACCCAAGUCUUCUUCGAGGAUUGGUUUGUGAAUUGCUUCAUCCCCCAAGUGCAGGAAUAUUGUUUUCAAAACAGAAUCCCUUUUAGAAUUCUUCUGCUCCUCAGCAACACCCCUGGGUAUCCCCUGCACCUGGACAAUGUCCACCCAGACGUGAAAGUCGUUUAUCUACCAAAAAACACCAGCCCUUUCCUGCAGCCCAUGGAUCAGGGAGCUGUCUCGACCUUCAAAGCGUGCUAUUUACGGGCCACGCUGGCCAUGGCUGUCGCCGCAACGGAGGACAGCGGGGUGAUCUUACGCGAGUUUUGGAAAGCGUAUGAUAUCAGCCACUGUAUUGAAAACAUCGCGACGGCCUGGAAGGACGUCAGCCUGAAAUGCAUGCAAGGGAUUUGGGAACGGUGCUUAAAACGUUUUGCUCUCCUCGUCCAUAAUUUCGAAGGCUUUGACCCAAACGAAGAUUUGGAGGAAAUCAGUCACAACAUUUUGAUGCUCACCCAAGCCCUCAGUUUAGAGGCAGAUGCGGAAGACGUGAAAAAAUGGAUCGCCUACCCCGAGGGAGAGCUUUCCAACGAAGAAUUGAUCGAGUUGAAAGAAGAAUUGGAGGCCCAGGGCCUUGCGGAAGAGGAGGAAGAAAUAAAAUUCUAGACUUGAGUUCAGGAAAUUCAGGGCGAAACUAUUGACUGGCGUUUUUCUUGGAUGUUAACAAAGCGGUACGAAAAUUAGGAAAUAUAGAUCCAAGUGUAAGAACAUUUUGGAAAGUUACAUUGGGAGACCAGGAAGCGUGUGUG